AUGUUCGCCGUGUCGUCCACCUCCCGCGUCGCCACGCGCGCGAACGUUCGCGCGUCGACCAAGCGCGCGAGCCGCGCCGCGCGCGUCGUCGUCAAGGCGAGCAAGACCGAGGAAAAGGUUGCUUUCGCGUCCGUCGCGUCCGUCGCGGCGUCCGUCGUCGCCGCGGCGCCGGCGCACGCCGCCGUCGUCGAGGCGGUCGGCCAAGUGGCUGAGGGCGAGCCGUUCAUCGUGCAAGUGGCGUGGGCCGCCAUCAUGGCCACGUUCUCGUUCUCUUUGUCCUUGGUUGUCUGGGGUCGCUCCGGUUUGUAA